AUGCUUGCGCCAUCACACGUCAUCUUUCUUGCUUUGAUUGGAUUACCCUUAAUAAAUGCUUUAACUGGUCCCUCUGAUUAUUUAUCGGGUAAGCCUGAUUUUUUUCUUGUAGAAACUUCUUUACAUUGUGUUCCCUUUGACUUUCCCAUCACGAUGACUGGAAUGGGUGAUGACAUGUAUGCAGUUGCGUCCGAAGUGGACUGCUGCAUGCUGGAGCAAUACACCCAUGAAUAUCAUCUUUUUCCUGUACUUGGUUUCCAAGUUCCAUCUUCAUCUUCAUCUGUUCUUUGA